AUGGAACCAAUUGAUGGAAAGGCCGUAGUUCCAAAAGGUGAGGAGAAAUUGCCAAAGGACUUGGACGGAGUUAUUGGGAAAGUGCCACCAGACGCUGUAUCUACUGUCAGAGAUAAAAAGGCGCCAAACCGUUCCAAGCAUUUUACUGCUGACAGCAAAAAGUCUGACAGUUCCUUUGAAGUUAAAGACGCUACACUUGCUUCAAGUAACCGUACGAGGACAAAGCGAAGCACAUCAUUUGGCGAAUAUUCGGACAGGAGUCAAAUUGGAGGUCCUGGUGACGCAUUUUCAGCCGAGAAGCUUGUGGAGCCUUUACAAGGCGUUUACAGUCCGAGGACAGAAUACCGACGAACUGGGGAGGACGCAAGAACUAGCCCGAGGCAAAGUGAGCCGCUUCUGGUUACCUCCACUUUCCCUCUGUCCGGAGACUCUGCGCACAACCAGGCAAUGGGGCACUGGGUUGGAGAAAACAGCAGCGUGAUCCUGACCUUGACGAAGCAGUAUGACUUUAACUUGGGUGCUUUCACUGAGAGUUCUCUGUGGAGAUCAGUGGACUAUGGGAGCACUUAUAUUAAACUGAAUAAAAAGGUUGGGUCAACCUUGGCUUGCCUAUACGUCUGCCCAACCAACAAGAGAAAGAUAAUGAUGCUUAGCGACCCAGAGCUGGAGCAAAGUGUACUCAUCAGCUCGGAUGAAGGUGCCAGCUUCGAGAAGUAUCCCAUUAACUUCUACAUGGACGGUCUGCUGUUUCAUCCAACUCAGGAAAACUGGCUGCUGGCUAGCAGUCCUGACAACAAGGUGUACAGCACAAUGGAUUUUGGAAGAAAAUGGCAGUUGGUUAGUGAGAAUGUAACUCCUGGCCGGUUCUUCUGGGCACAAACUGGGCUAGACAGAGAGGCAGAUGUGGUCCACAUGGAGACCCACAUUGCCAAAGGACGUGCUCAGUAUGUUAAGUGCAGAGCUCAACGAUGCACAGAAUCAAACAGACAAUACCUGUUCCCGGGAUACAUAGACAAAAAUUCUCUGGUUGUUCAGGACAACUAUGUGUUUGUUCAGGUUACCAAGUCAGGGCAGGCGAGUUACUUUGUGUCCUAUAUGAGGGAAUCAUUUAAACGAAUUCAGCUACCCAAAUACUGUCUUCCUAAGGACAUGCACAUCAUCAGUACAAAUGAGAAGCAGGUGUUUUCUGCUGUACAGGAGUGGAACCAGAAUGACACCUACAGCCUGUAUAUCUCAGACUCUCCAGGGGUCUACUUCACUCUGUCUCUAGAGAACCUCCGGACCAGAAGAGAGCCAGGCGGAAAUUUACUGGUCGACCUGUAUAAGGUAGAAGGAAUAAAUGGCAUAUUUCUAGCCAACAAAUUGGUGGGCCAUGAAGUGAAGACAUCCAUCACCUAUAACAAGGGUCAGACCUGGGCCCUGCUGCAAGCCCCCAACACUGAUGUGGCUGGAAACAGUCUCCACUGCAUCCUGCCAUUUUGUUCUCUGCAUCUGCACCUGGAUACGCCAGUGAACCCUUACCUGCCUGGACGCAUCUUCAGCAUGGACUCAGCACCUGGGAUCAUUGUAGCUACAGGCAACAUUGGUACAGAGCUGUCCUCCACUAACCUUGGAAUGUUUAUAACAUCUGAUGCUGGAAAUAGCUGGAGACAGAUUUUUGAAGAAGAACUCGGUGUUUGGUUUCUUGACAAUGGAGGUGCUUUAGUUGCAGUUUCUUUAGUUGCAACAGUACCCAUCCGGCACGUAUGGGUAAGUCUGGACGAGGGUAAGAAAUGGGAUCGCCACAGUUUCUCUCUGGCUCCUUUGUUUCUGGAUGGAGUUCUCAUGCAGCCAGAGAAUCACAUCAUCACUUUCACUGGACACUUAAGCCGUGUUUCAGAAUGGCAGCUGAUAAAGAUUGACUACAAAGCCAUCUUUAGCAGGAGAUGCAUGGAUGGAGAUUAUCAGACUUGGCACCUACAUAACAAGGGAGAGCCCUGUGUGAUGGGAGAGAAGCAGACCUUUAUGAAACGGAGGCCGGGUAACCGCUGUAUGCUGGCCCAGGACUACUCCCGAGUCAUAUCCUCAGAACCAUGCAUCUGCAGGACAUAUGAUUUUGAAUGUGAUUAUGGGUAUGAACGUCAAGCCGAUGGAAAGUGUACCCCUGCUUUUUGGUUCAACCCAAGCACUGUGCCAAGAAGCUGUAGCACUAGCCAUAACUACCUCAACAGCACAGGGUACAGAAAGGUUUUGUCCAAUAAUUGCAAAGAGGGAGGGAAGGAUGUGUACUCCCCCAGGAAACAGCAUUGUUCCCCCAGGCCUCCCAGAGGCCUCAGACUGACUACCAGCCAGGGAGAGCUCACCGCCACCGUGGGCAGUAAUGUCACCUUCCUGGUGUAUCUGGACGAUGGAAACUCAUUGUGGACUUAUAUCCAGCUAGACUUUGGGGACGGCAUCACGUUCAUGUACAACCUGAGCCGGAGAGGCGAUGGAAUCAAACACAGCUAUAGAGAAGAUGGGAUCUUCAGAGUGACAGCACAUGCAGAGAACAGCCAGGGUUAUGACAUUAGCUCCAUGUUCCUACACAUCACCAGCCCAGUGGAGCGUGUGUAUCUCUCAGCUCCUAUUGUUGCCAUCAGGAAGAAAGAAGCUAACCUAACGGCUGUGGUCUGGCCUGUCCACCACAGAACACUCACCUUCUUCUGGUGGUUUGAAAACAGCUCCGAGCCCUUAAUAACCUUGGAUGGAAGCAUCUCGUACACGUUUUGGAAGGAAGGCAUGAACAGGAUCAUGGUCCAAGUGUCUUCUGGGUGCAACAUACUGCAGGAUACCAAGGUCAUCAUUGUCAAAGAUUUCUUCAAAUCCCUGCUGUUAUCGUUCUCUCCGGCUUUGGACGAGCACAACCCUGACAUCCCGGAGUGGAGAGAGGACGUGGGCCGCGUGGUGAGGACAGCUGUAUCACAGGUUUCUGGAUUUCCAGAGGAACGGCUGUUGGUAUCGUUGUUUCCAGGUGUUCCAACAACAGCAGAACUAUUUAUCCUGCCUGAGACACAGUUGCCUGAACCUGGGAAGCGGAACAAAGAGGACUUAGUGAGUAUAUCAAACCUUGUUAUAAAUGCCCUGAACCAAGGAUUGGUCCAGUUUGAGUUGAAAGCUGACACUCAAAUAAUUGUUUACAUCACACAGCUAACUUUGGCACCUCUGGUUUACUCCAACCCUAUUCACAGUAGCUCAGUCAUGCUGAUGUUGCUAUCUGUGGCAUUUGUUGGUUUAGCUGCGUUCUUCAUCUUCAAGUUGAAAAGGAAAAUCCCUUGGAUCCAUGUCCAGGCUGAGGAGAACCAGGAAAAGGAGCCGGAGAUGAUUGGCACAGUCGGGCAGAACAAUACCAUGUCCAAGAUGAAGCUCAGUGAGUUCCCCACAGAGAAGGAACUCAUGGAGAAAGAACUGAAGAUCAGGAGCAGAGCUUAUAUUUAG